UACUAGUAUAAAAAUAUUAAUGAUUGAACAAAUUUCACAGCAGAUUCAAGUUGUUGUUUUAAAAGGACUAAUAAAGUUAUACUUUAUGCAUCAUUACGAAUGUUAAAGGACUCGGAUGUAACUAUUUUGUAAGUCCAGUGUAAUUCAAAGAAGAGCAAUAUAUAAAGAAGACGAUGGCAUAUAUUUUCUUGGUAUCAAUAAUAACUUUAGUUAUGAAAGCAAACUGUGAGGAAUAUAAUCUUCAAAAAAAUAAUCAAUGCAAAUAUUGGAGAAAGGAAACGUUACUUCACGUUGAUUGCACCAACAAGAAAAUGUCAACAAUAGGAAUUUUUCCAGCGGAUACAGCUUUUCUAAAUUUAGGAUACAACUGUAUUAAGCAAAUAACUUCCGGAGCAUUUAAACAUUCUCGUGGACUUGUUGAGCUUGAUUUAUCUUAUAAUGAAAUAACGCAAUGUGAUCGUUUAUCUUUUGACGGCCUUCACAAAUUGAGGAGAUUAUAUUUGAACAGUAAUAAUUUGAACUACAGUCUUUUGUCUUUACCUGAUGGAAUAUGCAAACCGCUUUUUUCUUUAACAUAUCUCAAUAUUAAAGAUAAUUUACCCGACAAUAAGCCAAAUAUUGAGGAUAUUGUUAUGAAAGAUCUGCGAGAACUAGAGUCACUUGAGAUUGAUGUCAGAAAAACGGCAAAUGAAAUCGUUUUUGGAAAAGAUUAUUCAAAUUUACGAAAUCUCAGAGCGAUAACUUUUGGGCUUUGUAUACUGUGGCAUAUGAAUAACUAUACAUUUGAAAAUUUGCCUUAUUUAGAAUACAUUCAUGCAACGGGCUGUAGCAUCGUGAAUUAUAAAUCCAAAACACUAUCCUAUAGAAAGCAAUUAAGAUUUAUUGAUUUCUCUUAUUCCCUCACAGGAAUGAAUGACAAGAAAAGAUUCCUGUCUGAUAUGAUGUCUACUGGCAUAAAAAUUGUAAAACUGACAAAUUGUAAUAGGACACCAAUUGAAUUUCCGUAUAUUUUUUUUCAUAUGUUGAAACGAACAGGAAUAGAGGAACUAUAUUUAAGCAACAACUUAUUAUCUGGAUUUCAAGACACAUCUUUUCCAGCCUCACUUCAUGUUUUAGAUUUUUCCUUCAACCAUUUUACAAUUUUCCAGCAAAAUUUGACAAACCUUUCUAGAUUGUUAUUACACAAUAAUACACUGGGACCAUAUCUUGAACGUAAUACGUAUUACAUUUUCUCUACAACAAGCCAUUUGAAACAUAUAAACCUGGCAUCUAAUUUUAUUCGCUCUCUACAAUUUAACAUAUUUCACCAUCAACCUUUACUAGCUGAGAUUGAUCUCAGCCAUAACAUAAUAUCUGAAAUAACGUUUGACUUGGCGGAAUCAAAGAAUUUACAAUUUUUGGAUCUUUCUGGAAACUUAUUUCGUGCAUUCAACGAAACAACAAUGAAUGCAUUAUCAUCGAUGUUCGAAACAUCAGGUCUGAAUAUGAGCUUAAAAGACAACCCCCUUCGCUGCAGUUGUUUUUCUCUGCCUUUUCUCGAAUGGAUGCUUGAGAAUCAAGAUCACUUCUACAGCAUUCAUAAAUACAGAUGUAUUUUUGAUAACAAUACUGAAAUUGUUUUCAAAUCACUUGGACAUACAGUGUUACAAUUAAAAAGAAGUUGUGCAUCAUUUACCGCCGUAAUAGCUCUUGUAUCUGUGGCUGUUGCUGUCAGUUUAGUGGUGAUUUCAGGUGGAUAAGCGUAUAGAUACAGAUGGAAAAUACGUUAUGUAUAUCACAUUACGAAGAAGAAAUAUUGGCGACAUAUACCGUCAAGACAGGACAGUCAUUACGAGUACAAUGCUUUUAUUUCUUUUGCAGAAAAAGAUCGCGAAUUUAUUUUAAAAGAAUGUAUUCCGAAUCUAGAAGCCGAUGGAAAUAUUAAGUUAUGCGUUCAUCAUCGUGAUUUCUUGCCAGGGGAAGAAAUUACAACUAAUAUUACUAAUGCUAUUCACCAAAGCGGGAAAACAAUCUGUUUAAUAUCAAAGUCAUUUCUGGAGUCCUAUUAUUGUAAUUUUGAAUUUAAUAUGGCGAGGAUGGAAAGUAUUUAUGGAAGAAAUGGUGAAAACAUGUUAUUUCUUAUUUUCUAUGAACAAGUUAAACCACAAGAACUACCACUAGUAAUGCUCGAAUUAAUUGACCGAAAGUCGUAUAUUGAAUACCCGAACGACGAACAAGGAAAUGUCGUGUUUUGGGCAAAGAUAAAGGAAAGUCUGAGUAGUCAUCAUGACCAGUAAACAUAUCGUUGACUGUUAUUAGGACUACCAAUGAUACAAUGGAUUUGAUGUUAUUUGAAGAAUGAAGUAAAUGUGUGUAUUUAGUAUUGCGUAUUAACGACAUAAACAAAAACUAUAUUUUGAUUCAUGUGAGUCCUGUAUAUUUUUUGUAUAGAAUAUCUUUUAUCAUUUGCUUUAUUAAUUAUUGUCUAUCUCGUCACAUUCUUUAUCAUCACAUCAAUUUCUGAAUUUACAAUACUAGUGUAUUAAUCUUACAACUGUAUGCUUGGGAUACAUGUCCACUAUCGUGCAAACAAAGUGAGUAAUUUAUGUUUUUCAUUAGCGAACUUUAUUCUUUGGGAAAUAUGUUUUCAACCAUUACGACUAUUAGACUAUUGAACUAAAAGUUGAACACGGAGUAUUGCUGUCUUUGAAGACAGAUCUGCUACUUUAAAACAUUACAAGCAAUAGUUCUAGCUCCACAGUUAAUUACUGCUUCUUUAAGUCAAAAGUUAAAAAGAAUUUUAAACAGAACUUCAGUAAGGUUAUACAAAGACAGUAAUUGUUCUAUAACGUAAAACACUGGUAAAAGGAUUAUAGUUUAAAACAUUCAUUUUGAUCUUUACAUCAUAUGAAAAGUCUGAACGAUAAAUUAUUGAGUCAUGUUUAGUCUUUCAGCAAGUUUUUAGACUUGUCUACAGCGGAAAAUUCAAUAGUGAUCAAACAAUUCGAUUAUAGUCAAUUCAGUACUGUUCAGUAGCCUUUCAGACAAGUCAGUAUGUUGUUGGUUUGAACAGAUAAAUAUAAAAUACUAAAUAGUUUAAACAAAGACUGAAAAGGUUGUAAUUGACUACAAGCGAAUUAUCUGAUCAGUACUGAAAUUACCGCGGCGGAGAAGUCUGUACAUUGACAGAAAUUCUGAAAAUCACUUAAAUUAUUGUUCAGAAUUUUGAGAAAUGUUCAGAAUUUUAGAGCUGUUCAGAUUAAAAUGACUGUUUCAGAUGAAAAUUGAUUUACUAGUGAAAGAUUUCAUAAAUGUUUAUGUUUUCUUCACUUUUUAUUAAUCACAAUGAUUAACUGUUGUUUUGUUUUUGGUCUCGUUUCACGAAUGAGAAAUUCAGUUAAUCUGUAUACCUUGACAAGAAAUUAUAGACGUUCAAAUAAUAUUUUUAUAGUUUAUAAAAUAUAAUAUUUCGACAAGUCAAGGUCGUAUUACUGUAAUCUCAAUUGCAGCAAUAUUGAAAGUUUAAACUUUUAUUUCCUGCAUGGUUUGAAAAUGAUAUUCACAGGAAAUAUUGCAUUAAAUGAAAUAGAAAAGAAUACAUUGUCACGUAUUAUAAAUAUGGAUAUUUGUAUGUGAAAUUGUUGGUGAAUUGUAUGAUAGUAUCCUGCCAUAUUUUAAUGUCUUAUUAAAACUAUUGACCUCAAUAGGUCAAGCUCAAGCAAGCGAACUAAAAAUUUAUAGUUUAAAAAUAUGAGGGUCAAAAUUAAAAUAGAUCAAUUCAGUUCAGUUUAGAAGAGCUCCACUUCAUUAGCUGCAGAAUUCCCUUAUGCUUUAACUUGAAACUUUUUUGGUAGAAAAUUAUAAGUUAAAUAACGAUAUUUAUUUUUAUAAAUAAAGCAAUAUGCAAAUA